ACGAGCUCCAAACUUGACGCCAUGUAACGGAUUUAUUUGAGGUGUGCGCGCGUGCGUGUGUGUGCGUGGAGGCAUGGCGGAGAGCGCGCACGUCUGAAUGAACGGAGGUUUGUCCGACAUGCCCGAGGAUGUUGUGCUCAUUAGGAACCGGACGGGUCACGCGUGGGGCGCCGACGUGUUGGCCGGCGGUGAUGUCGUCGGUGGCGUCGCGCGACCGGGUCUGACCUGGCAAGUGGCAGUGCUCGCGAGCGUGCUGAUCUUCACGAGCGUUGUAGACGUGCUGGGAAACGCACUGGUCAUCGUGUCCGUGCUCAGGAACCGUAAACUGAGGAACGCGGGUAACGCAUUUGUGGUGAGCCUGGCCCUGGCAGAUUUGUUGGUGGUGUGUUACCCAUACCCACUGGUCCUCCAUGCGCUGCUGCACUCCGGCUGGCCUGGCGAGACCGAGUGUAAAGUCAGCGGCUUUCUCAUGGGUGCCAGCGUCAUUGGCUCCGUCUUCAACAUCACUGCUAUCGCCCUCAACCGCUACUGUUUCAUCUGCCAUGCCCGCACGUAUGCCAAAGUGUACGGGCGUCGUGGCACGCUAGCUCUUAUCAUGCUUGUGUGGGCGCUGACCGGCAUCGCCAUACUGCCCAAUCUCGCGGUGGGGUCCCUCAGCUACGACCCCCGCGUUUACUCUUGCACUUUCAGCCAAACGGCGAGCGCCAGCUACACCUUCGCCGUGGUGUUUGUCCACUUCCUGUUUCCCAUCGCCAUCGUCACAUUCUGUUAUGCACGCAUCUGGAUGCUGGUGCUAAACGUCAGGCGGCGCGUAGCCAGCGACACGAGGCCCCGCCUCCGGCCGAGCGAGAUCCGCCAUUUCCUCACCAUGUUCGUAGUGUUUGUGCUGUUUGCCGUCUGCUGGGCGCCACUCAACCUAAUCGGCCUCGCAGUGGCCGUCGACCCACCCCGAGUGGCGCCGCUGGUUCCCGACUGGCUCUUUGUGGUCAGCUAUUUCAUGGCAUAUUUCAACUCCUGCCUCAACGCCGUCGUCUACGGGCUGCUCAAUCAAAACUUCCGGCGCGAGUACCGUUGUAUCCUGAUGUCGCUCUGCAAGCCCCGCCUGUUUCUGCAGGAAACGUCGAGGGGCGGAACUGAGAGGAGCAACAAACAAUCGCAGGGUAACAACAACAACGAGCAGCCGAAGGCCCAGACUAUUUAACCGUCCAAGAAUAUCAGGGGGGGGGACAAUCCGUCCAGACGCUCCGGACUAAAACUGGGAUCCUCUUGAUGCAUUAGCAAUACAGCAUUAGACAUUUAUAAUUGACAGACUGUUGGACAGGAAGUUCACACCACCAUUCCAACAACGAACAUUAAGCAUUACAAAGUUCAAUACAGUCGGUUGGAACAAAAGCUAGCCUGAGUAAAUUGGUAAUGCAGAGCUAAAUCAAAAACGGCUCAAAUGAAAUGAUGCAAUCAAACCAUGACAACAUUUCCUAUGCUAAUUUUUAGUUCAUUGUUCUUUGCACUACAUAUGUUAGGCUAUUCAGAAUGGACCGAACUGAACAUGCCCACAGCGUUUCUAUACUAACCUUACAACACACAACAAACACUAGCAAACUCAAACCUCGAUGAUUGACACCAGACCAUAAAGUAAAAAAUUAUAACCUAGCUACGGAUACAAUUGAUUUUUAAGAAAAAACAGUUUGACUUUAACAUAUCUAACACGAGCGAUUUCAUUCAACCACAAGGGUGUCAGUAAGGUCAGGGUCUGAUGGAGGUGAAGUGAGAAGGCCUGGGGUGCAGUUCCUAAAGGGUGUACAGGUGUACGGAUAUAUAUAUCUCUCCGUAUAAAACUUUCUUUCGGCUUCUCCCAUUAGGGGUUGCCACAGC